ACGUAUUGAGCGUUUACUGGGUGCAAAGAACUGUACUAAGCGCUUGGGAGAGCACAAUAGAACAUCAGGCACAUUGGCUGCCCAGCUUGCAAAAGAUCUUUCAGUUAUGACUGCAGAGAACACCUCUUCUCUCUGGGGCUAUGGAACAACCAAAACCUUUAAAAUUCCCAUUGAUCACCUGGACUUCAAAUUCAUUGAAAAAUGUUCUGAUGUCAAGCACUUAGAAAAGAUUCUGCGGAUACUCAGGUCUGGUGAAGAAGGGCACUACCCUGAACUUACAGACUGUUGUGAAAAACGUAUCGAAAGCUUAGCUCCGGAAAGUAGAGCUUUGCGAAAAGAGAAACCUGCAGCGACUGCAUCAAGUUUCACAGCCGAAGAAUGGGAAGAAAUCAGUGGUGAUAUGAAGAGCUGGGUGACAGAAAUAAAAAAGGACGAAGAAUCUCAAAUACAACAUCCUAAAACAGGAGCAUUUCAGGAACUUUCAGACAAUCUACCUCCAGUUCGUUGUCUUCAAAUUAUUGACGAGGACAGAGAUUUGAAAAGGAAGCCAACAAAGACGAAGAAAAAAGUACCACGGGAUUACAAAGAAUGGGACAAAUUUGAUGUUGAAAAAGAAUGUUUAAAAAUUGAUGAAGAGUAUAAAGAAGAAACCAACAAACCAAACACCAGGCCGCAUUUGCUUAAAAUCGAGAAGAAAAUAGACACGACAGGUCUUACUAAUAAAGAAAAGGAUUUUCUUGCCACUCGUGAAAAAGAAAAAGGAAAUGAAGCUUUCAGUUCAGGUGAUUAUGAAGAGGCUUUCACUUAUUACACUAGGAGCAUAUCAGCAUUUCCCACUGUAAAUGCAUAUAACAAUAGAGCUCAAGCCGCAAUCAAAUUGCAGAACUGGAACAGUGUUUUUCAGGAUUGUGAAAAAGUACUAGAUUUGGAACCUGAAAACUUAAAAGCACUUAUGCGCCGGGCCACUGCGUAUAAGCAUCAAAAGAAGUAUCAUGCAGCUAAAGAAGAUUUGAAGAAAGUGUUGCAAGUCGAACCAGACAAUGAAAUAGCAAAGAAAAUCCUGUCAGAAGUUGAAAAAGAGCUGAAAGAUUCAGAGCCGGCCUCUGGGAUUCAGACCAAAGGAAAGAGGAUGGUAAUUCAGGAAGUAGAGGACUCAGAUGAUGAAAAUGGAAGAGAAAAUGGAGAGAAACAUGAAAAUGACAGAGGAGCGGGUCGCCCUUCGUCCCCCGCAGGCGGGGCGCGGGGGCGCGAGGCGCGGGCCGGACCAUCGCCGCGCGGACGGCGGGGGGGCAUGGGAAGCGCCCACAGGAAGGCCGGCCGGCCGGCGGCCCGCCAGGGCCAGCAGGGCCACCAGGGCGACCCGGGCGGCCAUGGCGACCAGGGCGGCGGGGAGGCGCGGCCCGCGGCCGGCCCGAGGAGCCAGGGCAACCACCUGUUCCGGAGCGGACAGUUCGGGGCCGCCGCGCUGAUUUACGGCCGGGACAUCGAGCGGGCCGAGGCCGCCGGAACGGAGAGUGCGGACGAACUAAGCAUUUUAUACUCAAAUAGAGCGGCAUGUUACCUCAAGGAGGGCAACUGCAGUGGCUGCAUUCAAGAUUGUAACAGGGCCCUGGAGCUUCAUCCGUUUUCUGUGAAACCCCUUCUUCGACGAGCAGUGGCGUAUGAAUCUACAGAGCAGUUUCGGCAGGCAUAUGUGGAUUAUAAAACACUGUUGCAGCUAGACAGUGGAAUACAGGCGGCAAAUGAUGGUGUUAACAGAAUAACAAGAACUUUAAUAGAGCUGGAUGGACCAACUUGGCGAGAGAAACUCCCUGCUAUUCCAGUGGUUCCCCUUGCCGCUCAUUUGCCUAGUCUGGGUGGAAGGUGUUCUAAUGCAGAGAAUGUGCCGCACAAAGUCACACAACCCGGUAAACAGCAGCAAGCGAAGAUCACAGAUGAAACACCUGAAGAAACGUUUAGAAAGCUAAAGGAGAAAGGAAAUGAAUUUGUAAAGAAUGGAAAAUACAAUGAAGCUGUUUCUAAAUACCAGGAGUGUUUGAAGAUAAAUCCCGGUGAAGGUGUCAUAUACACAAACCGGGCCCUCUGCUAUUUGAAGCUCGGCAAGUUUGAAGAAGCCAAACAAGACUGCGAUCAGGUUCUUCAGCUCGAAUCCUCUAAUAUUAAGGCUUUCUAUAGGAGAGCGCUUGCUUACAAAGGGCUUGAGGACUACCAAGCCAGUUUGAAUGAUCUCAGCAAAGUUCUCCUAAUAGACCCAAAUAUUUCUGAAGCAAAGAAAGAGCUGGAAGAGAUAACACAGUUUCUUCAAAUGAAGAAUAAUACCUCAGUCCCAGGCCGUGAAAAAGAACGGAAGAAAAUCAUAAUUCAAGAGGUGACCGAGGGUAAUGAAGAGGAGUCAAAGACCAGAAGAUCAGAGGGAGUUUCAGUCGACUGUCUCAUGGCUGAGGAAAGAACUGAAGCCAACAGGCCGGCAAGAGUCGUGGAAAAACCACAGUUCUCCAAGCCCUCCAAUGCCUACGAGUUUGGACAAGCUAUAAGUGCCAUGAAUGCAAGGAAGGAUGAAGAGUCUUGUGCCCACCUUUUCUCUCUCAUUGAACCAGAAGAUUUGCCAAUGUUGCUGACUAACAAACUGGAAGGGGAUACCUUCCUCCUCAUCAUCCAGGCUCUGAAAAAUCACCUUCUUGACAAUAAUCCCACACUGGUGUAUCAGCACCUCCUCUAUCUAAGCAAAGCGGAAAGGUUUAAGAUGGUGUUGGUACUACUUAGAGAACAUGAAAAACAGCAAGUUGAACUGCUGUUUGACCUCCUUCCGAAUAAACUCAGCAAUCAGUUUCCAUUAGAAGAUUUGCAGAACCUCAAAAACGAUUAUGAACUUUAAACCCGGUUGAUUUUAGAAUUUCACCAUGCUUGCAUUCCAUUAAUGUGUAUGGGGUAAGGCUGUAAGCUGUUGGGAGUUGCGUGGGCAAUCCAUCCUUUAAAAGAAUCCUCCAGACCUGGACUCUUAUUUAAAAACAAAAAAAUACUGUAAUUUUAUGCACAUUUGAAAAUUUGCUGCUCUUUUAGAUGUAUAUAUUUUUAUUAAUUAGUUUUAGCAAAGCUUUGUAUUUAAUAACCUGUUUAUUAUUUGACAUUAAUCUAUUUCAAAUUUAUUUUGAAGGGGAGCAUUAGUAAAUGUAUUUCUCUGUUAGCCAUUCAUUUGCGAAAAUGUCUAGUUUGCAUUUCCUUGGGCUUUGAAAAUGAACCCCUGCAGAGUAAGUAAAUAGAUAUUUGUACAGUUAUGUGGUUUUCAGUAGCGAAAUCCACAAUAAUACAGCUGCAGGAACUCUGUGCCAUGAAUACAGAAAAUCGAUUCAUAGCAUUAGUACACUUUGUUUCCAGCUAAAUUGAAAUGGAUUCAGUUGGUCAGAAACACAUUGGUUAAAACCCAUGGAGCAAUAUCGUUCUUCAAUAAACAGUACAUUUUCGAUGGAGA